AUCUCAAAUCUCGCGAGGACUCGCGAUACUUGUCCUCUGUCCACAAAGUUAGUAAUCACAGCAGCACAGCGGCGUCACCACCAACAGCAGCAAUGGCCGCGCUCCGGAGAGUGGCAGCGCUGGCAGCCAAAAUCCAUCUCCUCCCUGCGACUAGAAACGCUGUCCAGGCGCUCCCUGGAAGAAGGGCACGGAAGUGCUUGGCUGUGGGGAUGUGUUUGGCUGCCGGAGGCGUCAUGGCUUUUUACCACUACGAUGCACCGAGCCAUAGACGCAGGAGGGUGAUGAUGAUGGGGGAGCGCAUCAGCAGCUUGCUACCGUCCAUAGCGACGGUUGAAGCCAAAGAGAAGGCACGAGCAUUUGACUUUGAGGAUGGAGAUGUUUACAUGUCGUCCCAUGAGCAUCGCUUCCGUAUGUUCAGCUCUGUGGAGUAUGAUGGACAGCUGUACAUGACUCCACAAAACUUCAUUGAGUCUGUCACCAUGAGUGAACCCAGAAACAAGCGGCCAUGGAGGUCCUUGACCAAACAGGAGCUGGAGAAGAUUCUGUCAGACACACCACCAGUAUGGAGGGGUUCAUCCAAACUGUUUCGCAACCUGAGAGAACAAGGCAUCAUCUCAUACACAGAGUACCUGUUCCUGCUCUGCAUCCUGACCAAACCCCAUGCUGGCUUCAAGAUUGCUUUCAAUAUGUUUGAUGCGGACGGUAACCAGAUGGUGGACAAGAGGGAGUUCUUAGUGCUUCAGGAGAUUUUCAGGAAGAAAAAUGAGAAGAAGGGGAGAAAAGGUGACGCUGAGAAAUCUGCACAGUUGAGUAUGCAGCUGUAUGGAUAUCAGGUUGCUCCCAUAAACAGCGUGCUUAAAAAAGACAGUCAGGAGUUUGUGGCACGGAGUUACUGGGACGUUCUGAGGCGAGGCGCCAGCCAGGUUCUGUUUUCUGACCUGGCCGAGCGAGCAGAUGAAAGUAUAACCAUUGACACCACUCUGUUGGUCCAUUUCUUUGGCAAGAAGGGGAAGGCAGAGCUGACCUUUGAUGACUUUUACAGGUUUAUGGACAACCUUCAGACAGAGGUGCUGGAAAUUGAGUUCCUCACCUACUCUAAAGGCAUGACCACCAUCAGUGAGGAGGAUUUUGCCAAAAUCCUGCUGCGCUUUACCAAUGUGGAAAACAUCAGUGCCUACCUGGAGAAUGUCCGUCAGUCCAUACCUGAUGAAAAGGGAAUCACAUUUGAUGAGUUCAGGUCAUUCUUCCAGUUUCUCAACAACCUGGAGGACUUUGCUAUUGCCAUGCAGAUGUACAAUUUUGCUUCUCGAUCCAUUGGACAAGAUGAGUUUGCCAGGGCUGUUUACGUGGCGACGGGUCUGAAGUUAACACGGCACCUGGUCAACACCAUCUUCAAGAUUUUUGACGUCGAUCACGACGACCAGCUUUCCUAUAAAGAGUUUAUCGGCAUAAUGAAGGACCGGCUGCACAGGGGGGCCAGGGGUUAUAAGGCUGUGGAGCGCGCCACCUCCUUUAGAUCCUGCUUGAAGAGGGAGCUGGCAAGCAGUAGGUGAAAGGUCCGCAUCAGUCUUCCUUUUCCAAAUGUGUUCGUAGCAAGGCCAGGAAGCAAGUGCACCAGCUCUGGCGGAGGAUGGCGGAAUCGUCGUAGGAAGGAACCAACAGACAGAUUUGGAAUCUCAUCCUGAGACUUUUCUGGGCUCCUCUGCUUGAGUUCAUAGUCUAUGCAUGUUGGGAUAGUCUAUAGGUCAAUUUCCUUAUAUUUGUCUUUUCUCUAUGGUCACUGAUGUAAACACUGACCCACCCAAACUGAAGGAGCACAAAUCUUGCUUAUGUCAAUAUCUGAAAUCACGCAACGGUCUCAUGAAUUUGCACUGUUUAUGAACCUCAGCCUUAUUUCUCUUUUUAUUUACCUCUGUUAUAAUAUUUGCACUGGCUCUCGAAAUGUUCUCUCAUGUAAUCAUUUUUAUUGAAGAGAUGUAUAAUUCUAUUUUCAAGUCAAUAGCAAAGUGUAUUUUAUCAGGACUUGAAUCAAAGGAGGAAACCUGAUUUUAUUUUCCAAUAUAUUUACUUGAAUAUAUGCUUUCCUUUUAUUUAGUUUUGGGGUCACCAAGAUUAACGUUUUUGUAGACCCAGGGAAUGCUCUGUACACAAUAAAAAAAAUCCACUUGCUGCCAUUUAAUUAAUGUUUAUGCAUGAAGAAAUAUAAAUAAACACACUUGGGCGCUGGUAACUGCGUGAUC